CUAUUUUAUUUGUAUGAUAGUUGUCAUAUCCUUCCAUUUCCAAUUUCAAAUACAUAACAGAAUUACCAUGAAUCUCGAUACCAAGGAUGCCUCUCCGGUCGAAGUCGACGUCCAGAAAUACCCGACCGCCCAGAAACUCCUCAAACGAUGUCAAGAUUUCUUUGAUGAGAUUGAAAAUUUAACGCCAGGAGCUGCUCUCGAAUCCUACCUAAACGCGUCCUAUGGGCCAUCCAACCCCAUCUACCGCGACCUCUGUGCUCUAACUCUCCAAGGACUAAAAGAAGGCUGGGUAGCCAACUUCCCGAUCGAUGGGGAAAAGUACCGACGCUCUAAGAUCUGCCUGCCGAAGCCAGAAACGCGAUUUUUCAGUGUCACGACGGUAUACAUGGAAUCGAAAGAGGAGUACGCAGGACAGUAUCAUAGUCACCCAUAUGGAGAGAUAAACUGUGUUGUGCAAAUUGAUGAGGGGGCAGAGUUAAUGGGUAUGCAGGGGUGGCAAGGCGCGGGAUGGACGAGCCCGGGAGCAGGAACGCAUCAUUAUCCGCAAGUGAGAGGGGGGGCGUUGAUUGCUUUAUUUUUUUUGCCGGCAGGGAGGAUUAGUUAUAAGGCAAAGCCGGGAGACCCACAGCCUGUUGCUCUUUAG